AUGUUCCCGAUCACAAAAAAGUCAAACGUUCGCCUGUUUUAUCUUUCCGUUGUUCUGUUCUUGCUCGACAGUGUGAAGCCUGAUGGGUUUUACUCAGCUUACGGCAUGAUCUGUGGCAUCAGGUUGUGCAGUAUCCUGUUAUCGUUGCUUCAUCGAGCAAAGGCGCUCCACCUGGUUAUAUUUGAUUGUUCUUCCUUGUUACCGCUAGUCCCACCUGAGAAUGGCACUUUGCAAUUCUCGGUGUUGUCACAUCCAGGAGGCGGAAAAAAGAACAGACCUUUGGGGGGUAUCGGCGUUGUUCUUAUUACCUGAUGCGAGAUCUCAUGCUGAUGCACCCGAAUCGGGCUUCACCUUCCGCGCUGCACGAUAUUGAGAGUUUGAGUUGACGUUCGAGUACUGCGGUGUUAAUUUUUUCAGCUUCAAACGAUGAAGUCUUCUCCGAUUUGCUUUUCUUAUCGCUGUUUCCGUUAUUGUAAUAUUUUAGGUCACCUCAUUUUGGUUUUCUAUUGUUAGUUUCUCCAAUCAAG